AAGCUUCGAUCAUUAACAGUUCUUUAAACAACACACAACAAUAAAGAAUACCAACAAAAAAAGCACUUGUUUAAAUAAUUUUAAAACUUAAACAAUGAAUUUUAACAAAGUUGUUGUCUUCCUGGCUUUGAUUAUGGUCGCUUUUGUGGGUCAAAGUCAAGGUGGUUGGUUGAAAAAGUUUGGCAAGAAAAUUGAACGUGUGGGCCAACAUACUCGUGAUGCUACUAUACAAGCCAUUGGUGUUGCCCAACAAGCAGCAAAUGUUGCGGCAACUUUAAAGGGUUGAUUUAAAGUUAAAUUAUGGAUAUGAAUUUACUAUUUAUUUAAUAAUUUUAAUUAGUAUAAUGUACAAAAUAACUGCCUUAUGUUUAAUAAAUUAAUUG